GUGGCUCUACUACGCAUGCGCUGUUCCGAGUCGCUGUCAGAAAAUGCCGAUGUGGCUGCUGAACUUUUAUUAAGCCUAAAGUUUAAGAACAAACUGCUGCAAUGAAGCUUUUUGUACUGGUUUUUGUUUGUGUCUGCUGUUCUGUUACAGCAGAAGAAGACGAAAGACUGCCGAAUAAAUGCGAAGUGUGUAAGUUUUUGACAGUAGAGCUGCAGGAUGCUCUAGAGAAAACUGGUCGCUCCAAAGAAGUCCUGGAGGUCGGAGAAGUGCUGGACACAGGCAAGAGAAGAAGAAAGAUUAAAUACAACCUCUCGGAAACUCGUCUGACUGAGGCGUUGGACAACAUAUGUGAACGCAUCCUGCAGUAUAAUGUCCACGCAGAGAGGCCUGGCAGUCUCCGGUACGCUAAGGGUGCCAGUCAGACCAUGACGACUCUGAAGAACCUGGUCCAUAAAGGAGUUAAAGUGGAUUUGGGUCUGCCAUUUGAGCUGUGGGACGAACCCUCUGUAGAGGUGUCAGACAUGAAAAAACAGUGUGAGACGAUGCUGGAGCAGUAUGAGGAAGUUGUGGAGGACUGGUUCUUCCAUCACCAGGACCUGAGGCUGGAGAACUUCCUCUGUCAGAACCACGUCCUCAAGACAUCAGAGCAAGAAUGUAUAAAGGAGGCGUGGAAAGGAGACAUGAGGACCAAAAGAGAGGUCAAGGAGGCAGAAAGCGACAGCACGGAGGAAGAAGUGCAUGACGCUGGAGAGCUAUGAGGAAAACAAUCGCAUACAAGAGGAAAUGCAGACAACAGAAUAACCUCAAUUUUUGCUUUUGGUUGCAAAUUGCAAAGAAAUGAUGUUUUGUAACUCCAUGUUAGCUGUUGGCUGGUUGUGACAUAUGGUCAACCAACAUUUAUAUUAUAUUUCUGCUGCCAAAUCUUGGUUCUAGAUUCAUAAUCGUGUGUGCUUUAUAGACUUUACACUACAUUUCUGCUGUUACUUUUAUAUAAAUGGUGUCAGUAUUUUAAGAACUGUCGCACCUUUUUAAACACUCAGCUAUUUGGAUUAAGGUUUGAAGCCUUUGCCGUUAGUAUUUGAUACCUUUCCAGUGUUAUAUGAUGAGUCCACGCUGCUCCAUCUCUCCUUAUGCCAACAUUAUAUGGUACAUAGCAGUAUUUCUUACCCCAAAUUACAGCCUUUACAUGCAAUAUGUACAGUUUUUUUCAAUGUGAAUAAAAUGCCUUUUUAUAACACUUUUA